UUCUCUAUCGAGAGAGAAAUGGACACUCGUCCUGCUGCUUCAACAUUCCGUUACGCGAAGCUUGUAACUCACUCUCCCUCUCUCCCUCUUCGGCUUGCAUGCUCGCGUUAGGCUCUCGGAUCGAAGAAUAACCAUCGCCGCCCGCGUCCGCCCUGUUUCAAAAGCCAAGAUAUGGCCAACUCUGGUAAAGGAGCAAGUGGGAAGCAUUCAGCAUUUCAUGGCAUUGCCCUGAAUGAAAGGAUUCUGACCUCAAUGACUCGACGAUCUGUAGCUGCUCACCCGUGGCAUGACCUGGAAAUCGGACCAGGUGCUCCAGCAGUUUUUAAUUGUGUCGUUGAGAUUAGCAAAGGUAGCAAGGUGAAGUACGAGCUUGACAAAACCACUGGUCUUAUAAAGGUUGAUCGUGUUCUCUACUCUUCAGUGGUUUACCCGCACAACUAUGGUUUCAUCCCGCGUACAAUUUGCGAAGAUAGUGAUCCCAUGGACGUAUUGGUACUGAUGCAGGAGCCCAUCUUGCCUGGUUCAUUCCUCCGUGCUCGGGCUAUUGGAUUAAUGCCAAUGAUCGAUCAGGGUGAAAAGGAUGACAAGAUUAUUGCUGUUUGUGCUGAUGAUCCUGAGUUUCGCCAUUACACGGACAUUAAGCAGCUUCCUCCUCAUCGCCUUGCUGAGAUCCGGCGUUUUUUUGAGGACUACAAGAAGAAUGAGAACAAGGUGGUUAACGUUGAGGACUUUCUGCCAGCUGAGUCUGCCAUUGAUGCCAUCAAGUACUCCAUGGACUUGUAUGCAUCUUACAUUGUCGAAAGCUUGAGGCAGUGAGGAAGAUGGGACGAGAGGAUCAAUGUUGUGUUGGGUAGUUAUGGUUGAGGCCAAUAGACUCCUUGCUGAAUGCCCUUCUUGGCAAGUUUUAGCAUUUCGAGUAAAGUUAGUCAACUCUUCUUAUUCUUCUUCUGAACAGUCCUGAUGCUGUAGUUUCAGCCUUUGGCAUCUAUCUACUCUCUAAAUACUACAAGUAAAGAAUCAUGAGAACGACAAAUUAAAUUGUUCAUAAGCCCAUGAUCGAGCAUGUAUCACAACCUAUAAGUACAAUAUAUCGUGGUUUCAUUAUAUCAGUACAGAUGAGUUCUA